AUGCCAGAUUAUGGCGCUGUGGCAACUGUGCUUGAUUGGUACCGUGACGGCAUCAGCCUGGUGCAUGUCAAUUGGACAGAAGCUCCCUCGACCAAACAUCCGAUGCAAGUAUUGGGCAUUAAGAUCCUAUCGCCACACAAUGCCUGCAUCCGCAUGAUGCGUUAUUAUCACCGAAUGAAAGAUCAAAACACGACAGAGCUCAGUGGCAACAAUUGA